AUUCAACAGCUUGUUCUUUCUGAUUCUUCGCAGAUUAAUAAUUCUCACGUUUUUUAAUGGGAACAGAUAACCAGACGUGGGUGAGAGAGUUUAUUCUCCUUGGCUUGUCCAGUGGCUGGGACACUCGGGUCUCUCUCUUUGUCCUGUUCUCCAUCACAUACCUGGUGACAGUCCUGGGGAACUUCCUCAUCGUUCUUCUGAUCAGACUGGACAGCCGACUUCACACUCCCAUGUAUUUCUUUCUCACCAACCUCUCGGUUGUUGAUGUCUCUUAUGCCACAAGCAUCGUCCCUCAGAUGUUGGUGCAUCUUCUUGCAGAACAUAAAGCAAUCCCACACGUGAGCUGUGCAGCCCAGCUAUUUUUCUCGCUGGGCUUGGGUGGGAUUGAGUUUGUUCUGCUGGCAGUGAUGGCCUAUGACCGCUAUGUGGCUGUGUGCGACCCCCUGCGAUACUCGGUCGUCAUGCAUGGAGGGCUGUGUAACAGGUUGGCCGUCACAUCCUGGGUCAGCGGCUCCGUCAACUCUCUCAUGCAGACCGCCAUCACCUUUCAGCUGCCCAUGUGCACCCACAAGUUGAUUGACCACAUAUCCUGCGAACUCCUAGCUGUGGUCAGGCUGGCCUGUGUGGACACCUCCUCCAACGAGAUUGCAAUCAUGGUUUCUAGCAUCGUCCUGCUGAUGACCCCAUUCUGCCUGGUACUCUUGUCCUAUGUACAGAUCAUCUCCACCAUCCUAAAGAUCCAGUCCACAGAGGGAAGAAAGAAAGCCUUUCAGACCUGUGCCUCUCACCUCACCGUGGUUGUCCUGUGCUAUGGCAUGGCCAUUGUCACUUACAUCCAGCCCCGCUCCGGCCCCUCUGUCCUCCAGGAGAAGUUGAUCUCUCUCUUCUAUGCCAUUUUGACACCCAUGCUGAACCCCAUGAUUUACAGUCUAAGGAACAAGGAGGUGAAAGGGGCGUGGCAGAAACUAUUAAGGAAAUUAUCUGGAUUCACGUCAAAAUUGGCAAUUUGAUGAAUCAUGAGCAUCACUUAGAGAAAAGAGCUUUGCCUGUGUUUUCUCCCACCCAACUCAGAUAUGACAAGCAGCAACUGUGUUGCCAUG